AUGUUGAGUCCAGAAAUCAGAGAGUUUGAUCUUCUUCCCGAAGAUUCGUCAAAUGUACAGAGAAACACCGACGUGGAAAAAUUGGAAUUCAAUGCCUCGGAUAAAGAAGAAAAGCCCGCCCACCACAAUCAUCACGAUGAUGUAGAUGGUGGAUACGGAUGGGUCAUUGUGUUUUGUGCCUUUCUCUUUUUGUUUUCGACCUGGGGUGUCAAUUCGGCCUUCGGUAUCUACUUUGCCGAGUAUCUCCGCAACAACACGUUUGAGGGCGCCACAAAGAUGGAUUAUGCCUAUAUUGGUGGAAUCUCGUUUGGAGUAGGUUUGUUCAGCGGACCCUUGAUCCACUUCAUCCAUGGAAAGAUCGGAACACACGCCACUAUUUUGAUCGGUAACUGCAUUCAGUUCACGGCCAUCAUGCUUGCUUCUUACGCCACAAAACUUUGGCACCUUUACUUGACCCAGGGCUUACUCCAGUCUUACGGCUUGGCUUUUAUCAGUUUGCCUGCCAUCCCGCUUGUGAGCCCCUGGUUUCAUAAAAAAAGGGUUCUUGCCAGCGGCCUUUCGGUCAUGGGAAGCGGAGCCGGAGGCGUGGUUUUCACCAUGGGAAUGUACAAGAUCAUGGAAGUUCGGAGCGUCCAUUGGGCUCUUCGGGCCCAGGCAAUUAUAAGUGCCGCUUUAGUUAUCAUUGGUGUUCUCCUCGUGAAAACGAAGAAACAUGCGUCUGUGUUCACGCCCAUUGAUGUGCCUACGCUCAAAUGUGUGGGUUUCUGGAUCUUGUGCCUCUACUACGUUACGUGCAUGUUCGGGUACGUGAUUGUUCUCUACAGUAUGGCCAACUUGGCUUCGUCUUUGGGCUACUCCCAACACCAGGGUGCUAUAGUGGCCACUAUGGUCCAAGUGGGCUUUUGCUACGGCCGGCCGCUCAUCGGGUACAUUUCAGACAAGCUCGGUCCGGCCACGGUGACUGCCUUUUGCUACUACAUGGGCUGUAUUUUCACACUAGGCAUGUUGAUUCCAGCACGCAACUAUGCGACGCUUAUUAUGCUUGGGCUUCUUGAAGGAACGUUCAUCGGAGCUAUUUUCCCGACCACUGCACCUAUCACAGCCCGAUUGGUUGGUCUCCACCGCCUCAACGUGGCCUUUUGUAUGCUGUGGAUGUUUGUGGGAGCUGCUUCUAUUUUUGCCGAGCCCAUUGGUCUUUCCAUCACGCCCAAAAACCACAAUGUGGUGGACCCGGGCCUAUACCAGAACACAGCGAUUUUUGCCGGGUGUGCCUUUUUUGUUUGCGCCACGGCAGCCUUAUUGGUGAGGGGCUAUAUCAUUGCUCGGGACGUUGAAAUGGCUAAAAACCAUUUGGAUCCAAGCGAAACCGAUCCGCUAAGCGUGUCUGUCCGGCCAGGAGAGGUGUUUGCGCAUCUCUUUGCAUGGCCUGCAAAACGGGCAUGA